UGGUUCGAAUCUCCUCGCUGCCAAGAAGACAUAAUUCAGGCAACGCAACCACAGUUCGAAUCUCGUGGCUGCCGAGAAGAGAUAAUAUUUAUUGCGUGUAUGGGCGCGGAGAAUAAUAGCAGGCUUGCCGUGAGCAGGUCGUCGAACAAAAUAACGAAGAAGACGCCGGCCAUGGCCAGACCAGCUCCAAAGCUUUAUAAUAUUCAUCCAUCUGGAUUUCGUGACCUAGUUCAGGAGCUCACCGGGAACAGUUUCGAACCCGAGACCUUCCAGACAGCGCCACCGUUGGCGCCUCCGGCGCCUACUUUAAACGGCCGUUUGCAGAAAUUUGCGCCUCCACCGCUCAGCUCAGACACAACCUCUGCUUUUCCUUCGCUGGCUUCGCCAUUAAAGCUCGAUUUGUUGACGCCGUCGCCUGUGCGUGGAAUGUUCUCGCCAUUAACGGCGUUUACGCCGAUGGAAUGGACAUGGCUGGAGGAGAGAUCGCCUGUGAGCCUGGAGUACAGGGAGCUGGCGGCGAGCCUUAUUGAAAAGGCAGAAGAAGAGCCUGUAACGACUGCUCUUUCUCCUACUGCGUUUCGCCAGGAGUCGAACCUGAGACCUCCCGUUAGUUCAAGCAACGGCUGGGGUUCGCCUAUGUCGUCUUCGUAUUUUCUGUACAGUCCGAGAUGUGGAAAUUUGUCGCCGACCUUUGGGCUUCCCAGCCCGGGGAGCUUUGCGGGGUUCGAUCUCGAGACCAUCUAGGAGUAAAAUUCAUAACAGGAAGCAUGAAAAUACGAUAUGGAAGCAAAGUUUAAGCUGAUAACUCUUCCCAUCCAGUCGAAGUUUAAGUUGAUAUCUAUUAUGAUCAGGUUUAAGGUGAUACAUGUGGGGAUUUAAAUCUUGGUGGAUGGUGUAAUCAAGAAACAUACAAUUACACUUACCAAUUGACCUACAAUUCUUCGGUAAUUUGUUGUUUCCGAAGUUACUUAAAAGAAGAAAUAAAAUCUUUUGCUUAAAAUA